UUGGUGGAAAAAAUGGUUGAUAUUAUGGAUUAAACUAAAAUGUCCAAAUACACAAAUACGUUACUCGGGGUUUAAUUUGGAUAGAGUGGUGAUUUCAUAAAAUAGCUGACUCUUUGGAUCAUCAAAUGACCAGAAUAGGAUUACCAUAUCACUUUGUAAUCCUGGCUCAGAUCUCAAUGUACAGUCCACCUUCAUUCACCACCUCAAGUGCUCAACCAUUGUUAGCUACUGAUUCAUUCCUGGAUGAUUACAUAGACUCGGAAGAUGUGUCUCGUUCCAGUGGAGCUCGUGAUGCUUAUGGUAAUCAAUUAUCGCAAGGAUAUGCUGGUUCAGGUUAUAAAGCUGCUGAUUCUUCAUCUGGACGUCUUUCGUCCGGCUCUAAAGGACAUCAAUCUCACAUAGCGUCUUCAAAAAACAAAGAAUCGGAUGGAUCUGUUAAACAUAGUGAAGGAUCUAUUGAGGCAGAGAAAGAUAAGGUUGUUAAACACCAAUGGGAUCGAGGAAGUGGUUAUGUGAAAGAGUGGAAUUGGGAUAAAGGUGUUCACUACGAGAAGGAAUCAGGGUCUUUAUCAGCCUCAGAUUUGAAACAUAAAGAGUCGGAGCGAAUGAAAGAAGCUGCAGAGAAAGAAAAAGGUUCAGCUGGAUGGCAACAACAUAAAAAUAGUGACCAUGAAAAGUGGAGAGCAGCCAAUGGAUAUGAUAAAAAAGGUUAUCGGAAUGAAGAUUCCAAGGGUUAUUCAGACAAACAAGGAUCAACGGGUUACAAGAAAUAUGGGUCUUCCGAUGAUCCAUGGAAUGGAGGUUACAUCCCACUGAAAGCAGCUGCAUCUGCUGUUAACCAACCCACCAGUUACAAUCAUCCACCUCACUUACCUUAUAAUGAUAGACGAUAUGGAUAUAGUGAACGACCAGGAAAAGUAAAUCAUCGAGACAGAACUGAGUAUAAUAAUAGUUUAAGAGAGUUAAUUGAAAAGAAAUAUAUGCCCAUUUAUCGAAGGUACAGUUUAGCUGCUAAACGUGAAGAUAGAAAACCAAAUGCCUAUUCAAAGAAAAAUCAAGAACCUAAUCGUCGUUAUCCCGAUUUGAGGCUAGCUUUAUCUAAAGAAUUUCUUGGACCGCAGGGUCGUUGGAAACUAGGACAUCUUUUUGGUAAUGGUUUAGAUGCAUUUUCACCUUCAAGUCGUUUCAUUUGGCAGUGAUUCAAGAUCCAUAUUUAUUAAUGUAAUGGGUCUCGAUCUCUAAGAAAUUACUACUUAUUUGAAUAUCAAUUGCUGAAGUGAAUCGAGCUAAUAAUUUAUUUUUUAAACAAUUUGAUACUAUCCAGAUGAAACAUUCAAAUAAGAUUGUGAAACUUUCUGGUCGUUUCUUACUGUUUUAUGUUCGGAAAUUAAAAAAAGAGUUUAACUAAAAAUGAUCACUAGAUCAGGUGAUAAUUUCAAAUUAUUUUUAAUCAUUAUCGAUUUAAAUUGAUUCAAUGUUUCGCAUUGAUUUGACCGAUGAACUUAAAAGCGCAAAUGUAGUUGAAGUUAAUAAAAAUUAAACAAUUAUUUUCAUU